GCCACGGCUUUAACCGCGCGCGACUAUCCUUUGACACACGAAUCGCGUAUCCUGUAUCGACAGUUGAUCGAGAACGUAACAUUGUUUUGAAGAGGUGCAUCUUGAAGAAAUCAGAGUCCUAUUACUCGAAAAGAUCACGAUAUGAAGAUUACCAAAUAUCUUUGCUGCACUCUGGCUUGCAUGUGCCUACUGAAAGUGGCAAAUACUGAAAUUUCGAGAGACAAGAAUUCACUUUUGCAGUUCGAACGACUUCUAAAUGCCCUAAACGCUGAGAAAACAAUCAAGUCAAAGAGACCAUUUUGCAAUGCUUUCACUGGAUGUGGCAGAUUUGUUUCGGAAGAAAGGAGAAUGAAGAAAAAAGGACCUUCCACUCUGCGAGAUUUAUCGGACUUCGAAGUGACGAACAACAACGUUCAGCUUCCAGUUUCUCUGUACAGGGCAUUGCUAGAUGCCGCUAAACAAAAUGUUUGGAAAGUGGUGGAUCAUGAGGCAUAUGAUUAUCGAUUACAACAAAUACCGCGGAUUUACCUUUCGGGUCAAAUGCCUGUACGCAACACGAUGGAAAGCUAAUUUUAACGGACACAACUUGAUGCAUAAGCGCCUCCAGAAUUUGUAACAGAAGAAAUUAUAUUUUAUUUUCUUGUUUUCAAAUGCGUAUUAUGAAAUUUAUUUAUAAUACUAAUUAAAUAUUUCAAGAAUUAUGUUAAUGAAUUUAUCUAUAUUGUUUUAACUAAAGCUUAGUUCUUCCGCGACAGGACGCAAUCGGAUUUCUUUGCAGCUAUUUUAUGGGGCUCAUUGUCUUAAUACAAAUUUUACUUAUUAUUUCGUCUCAUAAUUAAAGAAAUUAUAAAUUUAAUUUAAAAAAUUGUGCAAAAAUUGUGCACAUUUUAUUUUAUGUACAACUUCCGAAAAUUUUACCGCUACGAAUGUAUUAUUCACGAAAGAAGCAUAUAAAAAAAUGUAAUCAGUAUAAUAUUGGUGUUAGCUAGAACUAAAUUAGAAAGUUUUAUUUGCAGGAGCAUUUUGACUUUAGUUAUGCAUUUAUUUAUAUGUGAUCCUGAU